GGAGGAGAGCCGGCCGCUUGCAAACACGCACGCACGGUGGCAGGAGAGAGUGCGGAGCUGCCCCUGCCAGCCCUAGGGCCACUGGAGGAAAGAGAGAGGAGAGAUGGAGCCAGGGCUGCCCGCGGAGACGCCGCCGGCCCGCGGCCCCGUCGCGGCUACCUGCCGCCCCCCGCCGCAUCCGGGCAGCGCCGGGAUUUUCGCCGCCGCCGCCGCGGCGUCCCGCCCCGACGUGGCUCCGCCGUGGUGUGGCGGCCCCCGCUGCUGCUGCUGCUGCUGCCGCCGCUGCCCCGCGCCCGCCGCCCGCCCCGCCGACGCCGAGAGCGGCGCGCUCCCCGCCGCCCGUCCUGCGGCUGCCGCGGCCGGCCCUGGGGCCGGGGCCGCCCCGGCGGCGGCGGCUGCCCCGGCGGCGGCGGCCGCCGCGGCUCCGGCUCCUCCUCCUCCUCCGCCUCCUCCACGGCCGCCGCCGCCGCGGGGCCCUAAAGCCGCCCGGCUCAAGAGGAUGGUGCGGCUGGCGGCCGAACUGCUGCUGCUGCUGGGGCUCCUCCUGCUCACCUUGCACAUCACCGUGCUGCGCGGCGGCGGCGAGCCCCACGCCCCCACGGGCGCCGGCAACCACAGCCAGCGGCAGAACACACUCACUGCAGAUGACCGUUCUCCUGAAGACAGCUUCACCCUGAACCCUGAGGACAGAAGAGAAUACCCUGAUCUCCAGGCUGCCCACCGGCCGUUCCCUAAGCAGCGAUUCAGGCAGGAAAAUGGGCAUACGUCCUUGCAAAGAGAUGGACCCCGAUCUUUCCUCCUGGAUCUCCCAAACUUCCCUGACCUGUCAAAAGCAGAUAUCAAUGGGCAGAAUCCCAAUAUUCAGGUUACCAUUGAAGUGGUAGAUGGCCCCGACACUGAGACAGACAAGGAUCUGCAGAAAGAGAGCAGCAAGCCUAGCUGGCCAGUCCCGUCACCUGACUGGAGAAACUGGUGGCAGAGGUCCUCCACCUUGACUCGCAUGAGCAGCGGUGACCAGGACUACAAGUAUGACAGCACUACUGAGGACAGCAACUUCCUAAACCCUCUCGGUGGGUGGGAUAGUCAUGCACCUAGUCACCGGACAUUUGAGUCCAAGGAGCAGCCAGAGUAUGAUUACAUUGAUGGUGAGGGAGACUGGAGCCCGUGGUCCCUUUGUAGCGUCACCUGCGGGAGUGGCAAUCAGAAGCGGACAAGGUCCUGCGGGUACGCCUGCACUGCCACCGAGUCACGGACCUGCGACAGGCCCAACUGCCCAGGGAUCGAAGAUACCUUCCGGACAGCUGCCACAGAAGUGAGCUUACUUGCAGGAAGUGAAGACUUUAACGCUACCAAACUGUUUGAAGUUGAUACUGAUAGCUGUGAAAGAUGGAUGAGCUGCAAAAGCGAGUUCUUGAAGAAAUACAUGCACAAAGUGGUCAAUGAUCUUCCCAGCUGCCCAUGCUCCUACCCCAGAGAAGUUGCAUACAGCACUGCUGAAAUCUAUGAUCGAAUUAAGAGGAAGAACUUUCGCUGGAAAGAUGCAAGUGGUCCAAAGGAAAAACUGGAGAUCUAUAAGCCCACUGCACGAUACUGCAUCCGCUCCAUGCUCUCUUUGGAAAGCACAACACUUGCAGCACAGCACUGCUGCUAUAAUGAUAAUAUGCAGCUGAUUACCAGAGGGAAAGGAGCAGGUACACCAAACCUGAUCAGCAUUGAAUUCUCAGCAGAACUCCAUUACAAAGUGGACAUUCUGCCUUGGAUUAUAUGCAAAGGUGACUGGAGCCGAUACAAUGAAGCACGGCCUCCAAACAAUGGGCAGAAGUGUACAGAAAACCCUUCAGACGAAGACUACUAUAAGCAAUUUCAAGAAGCAAGGGAAUACUGAGAAGAUUUUCCUCCUCUUCAGACACAAAAUAGCAUUCAUUUCCUGGAUGCCAAAGAACUGAUAAAGGCUGCUGCAUUGUCUCCUUCACAGGGGUUGAUCAGUUUCUUUCUAAUGAAUGUAUAUAAUUGUAAUAUAAUACUUAAGUAUUUUUCAUAGUGUGUGUAAUUUAUAAACACAUAUCUCUCUAUCUCACACACACCUAUUUUUACAUACAGACAUACAUAAAACUUGUCCUGGUAGGAUUUUAUACUGCAGUAAUGUUCAUUUAAUAACAUGCAUUUCAUUUUAUUCCCCAACUGUAACAUAAGUGUGAGAUGGGGGGGAGGGGAGGGGCAGCUGCCAUCACCUUCAGGCCCCAAGGCCCCGGCUGAGGAGGGCGCGUAUUUAAAAGUUGUUAUAAACAAUAGGAUUGAAGAAUGUACUCUUCCAUAUGGGAAUGGUUUACAACAUUAACGCACCUACAGCAUCAGUUUUCUCUAUAAUUGAUUUCAUGACUAGUCAUAUCUAAGAAAGGAAGAUUUUUUUUUUUUUUUUUUUUUUUGGAAGGGUAAUACUCAAAAGUGAAUAUAGGCAGUUACUAGCAAUUUUUUUUCUUGGAAUUCCUCCUGUUACCUUCUAGCUCAGGUCUUUGCAGUCCACCUUGGGUAGGCUUGCAGGGAGAUGUAGCUGUGGUUUUCCUGUAGAGCAGAAAAAGUCCCAAUGCAGUGGUUCUGCAAGAGUCCACUCCAGAGACAUCUCGGAUAGGGAGCUACAGCUGUCAGGGCUUACCCCUUAGGCCAGGGAGCAGAUCUUCAGGGCAGCUACCUGUAAACUUAGCACACCAUACGUCUUUGGAGGAGUGAGUCCAGAGAAGGAGGCCACGUCAAAGGAGAGAAAAAAAAAAAAAAAUCACAGUUACUUCCCUAUUUUUAAUAUGAAGAGUGGUUAGAUCUGCUUGUUUCUUUCUUUAAGAAAAGAAAGAAGUUUAUUUUUUUAAAGAACAGGAAAAGUGGAAUACGCAUUUCUAAGUUCCCUGAGAUAAAGCACGCAACCAGCCUUUUCCCCCCAUUUAUCAUAUGCUGAGUGCACAGUGUCCUGCAGAAGAAGCUAUUCUUUAAGGAAGCUGUCUGGGAGGAACUAUCGGUGACUUAAAAUAUCUUAAUUUUUUUAAAAAGCUAGCAUUAUUUUUGUAAAGUAUUUAUUGAAUUGUAACAAUAACUCACAUGGGGAGUAUGUCUCUAACACGAAAGGCUUCCGUAGAUGGAACUUGAUUGCCAAGAAUAAGACUGUUGUUAGGCAAAGGUUUUACUUCCAAAUUUUUAUAAAGUGCAAGUUUACAUACAUAAUCCUGUAAUUAAGCAGCUGAUAGCUGCAUUCUUCUGAAAGAUAAAAACUACGCCGUGGGUAAAUAAAUACUUAAAGUUCCAUCCUGUAAAAGGCUGUCUUGCUGCAAGUCAAUGUCUUCAUUGGGAAAACCAAGGCUAAAUGUAAGUAGAGAAAUGCCUAUUUUCGGGUUAUGUGGUCUGAUACACAUAUGUGCGCUGCAUGUGGAACCUCACACAGCUGUAAAGCCGAUCUUGUAUUGCAGUCAGUCUUAGCUGAAAGAUUCAAGACACCCAUGAAAGACAAUUCCUUCUGCUAUAUGCAUACACAUAUACAUACUGUAAAUCUUUUCUCUAGCUCUGUUGGCCUUUCAGGUGCUGCUUGAUUGCGACUUCCCAGACAGACCUGUGCACCGUCCCCCCAGCAUUAACAUACGCAUAGUAAGUCCGCUCAGUCUGGGAAGAGUCAGGCUUGUGUUGGUCUGCCCAGGUGGUGCAAAUCAGGGGAUUAAAAAGCAGCCUGGGCCUUGGACACCCACUCUGACCAAACAUGUGGUGCGUAGACUGCAAAGGCUCUGCCCGGAUCUGCCGGAGCUAGUCUGACAGGCUGCAGAGCCUCAGCCCUGUACUGAUGCUCCAGGUUUCCAGACACACAGCAGUCCAGGCAAAGCUACUGCACAUAUGCAACAGCGACUGAUCUGCUGAGGUAACUUCAGCAGCUGGAAAUCUUGGCCAAGUCAUCGGAUCUUCCCAGAUGCAGGCUUGAGUCAGAGGUGGGGGGAGACGUGGAUAUAUUCUAGCACUAGCUGGUAGUAACAAAACAUGAUUAGUUGAGCAAGAGGGUAAACAUGGGGAUCGCCCCUUCAUUUUUAUAGAAACCAGGUUUUGUAAAUUCUUGCAAGGUCAUAAGAAGGAGCCACUAGCUAGCGGAGCCAGUUAAAUUGACAGCAGAUGGAUGAAAGGCAUAAGCAGCUCCAGCAUCAGUCACUUCAUAGGGAAGACAGGUAUUUUCUGCAACAUGGGGGAGAAAGUGCUGGUUUUUUACUUCACUUAGCAGUGUGGGGGGAAAAACAGUCUCAGAUUUCUCUGGGAGGGCAAUGAGAGGGUGGUCACAAUUCUUGAAAUAUAAAACACAUCCCUGCAGUUUAUGGAUUAGUAAAUUAUGGUGCUAUUGAGAAAUGCUACUUCACCAUUAAUACUGAACAUAACAAAUAAAGUGUC